AGGAGGUGUAUCGGCCAGCCAGUUCGACGACCGGUGACAUGUCCCCGGAAGCUGGUAUAUCGGAAGCAAAUACAAAGGACAUUAUAAUUGCAUGUUUCGUAGAUCCAGUGUGGUGCUGGUAGACACUCCUGGGUUCGGUGAUACGGGGAAAUCCGACUUGGAGAUUUUGGCAAUGAUUUCGGAGUGGUUGGGGAAAGACCCAUGCUUUCAGCUAUUCUUUACUUUCACCGCAUAUCAGACAACCAUACUGGUUGGGACCCCACUGAAGGACCUACAAGUCUCCCAAGAGCUAUGCGGGAGACACGACUUAUCCAGGGUUAUCCUGGUUACUACAAUGUGGGACCAAGUAGAACAUGAAGUUGGUGAGGAGAGGCUGAGAGAACUCAAAAAUGGUUAUUGGAAGGCGAUGAGGUUGCGAGGAGCUACGACGUUCAAGCACCUGAACAACCAAGAAUCAGCCAUACAAUUAAUUACUUGGAUCCACUCGGCCCAGGUGCGGUUGCAGCUGGAGAUUUCAGAUUCUAUAAAGUCGGGGUUAUCGGAAACUGCUGCUGGGUGGGAGUUGUGCUUUCAUUUGGAAGAACUCGCAGAGAGGGAGCUGGAACUGCGUCGAGCAAUUCAAGCAGAGACCGAGGGAGCGAACCAGAAGACCGCGGAAGACCUCGGGAAAGAAUAUGCCGAGGUAAAAGCGCAGCUGGAAUCUACUCUGACCCAGGCGCGAGCAUGGACUUUGAUAGAACUCAAGCGGCGCUUCAGGAAGAGCAUCCGGUAAUCAUGGACAGGUGCUCUUCUUUAGUACCGUCGCCUGUAUCGCAGCAUGGAUGAGUAGAUUUUAAAUGACAAGUUUCCAUGGUUCCAGCGACAUUAGGAGUGUCGCUGCGGAUGUUAUUUGGCCC